CUUGUGUUGAGAAUCUCGCACCACCGGCUGGCUACAUAGAUCACCUUGACUCUCGCCUCCAGUUCUCAAUGCCUCUGCCUCUAUCAUUGCAGCAAAGACCAGACUGACGCCGUAUUGACUGAACACCAGGAGCGGGGGUGCCAAGCCGAGAUUUGUCCCCCGUAGUGCCCCCCUCGACACGUGAUAUUCCUCUUCCCUGCCAUUCCAUUCCCGGGGCUGUUCUCCACUUGACUGCCGCCGUCAUGCCUUUUUUCUCGACCCUGAUUGACGAGGAGAAUCCUCCCAAGGAACACCUCACCGAACCUUCCGAAUCAUAUCCGCGCCUACUACCUGUCACACCUCCCAUCGAACCCUCCCCACGAACUUCUUCGGAUCCAGUUCACGAAGGCAGGAAAAUGAGCGAUGCAAAUCAAUCCCCUGUGUCGCCCCAACUCACGCCGGAUGAAGCAAAUCGAAUCAUUCAUUCGCACCGUAAAGUGCGGUACGGUAAGCUUGGCGGUUUCCACAAUGUUUCCCAUAGCCUGCCUGCCACGUCUUUGACAUCUGAAAGCUGCGGUCGUGGCUCCGCGUCCGAGGUACCUCUGGGGAAGCUGUUGUGCUAGAAGUUCUGGAACGUAUACGGAGCAGCCUGAGUGUCCCAGGAGACCAGGAUGACCACGAGUGACGAGCGUCAAUUAUCCUGGACUGCCCGGACAAUUGAUUUGAUCGUCCAAGGCCUUCCAGGACAACAUUGAUAGACUCUUGCCCUUAUUUUCUUUCGUUCUUAAGCCCUAUCUGCAAACCUCAAGUUCAGUUGUAAGCUGAGACGGAGCAACUAGGGACUGCGUGCUGGCCAUGUCGACAGAGAAAGGUGAAAUGCGACAACAAACAUCCGUGUGAAAAUUGUGUGAAACGAGAUCACGCAGGCCUCUGUUCCUACAAUCCAAAGCAAAAUGCUGCAACAAAACUCGCCCCAGAAUCUGUGGCGGGCACGAAAAGAGGAAGGUCUCCAGGAAGCGAGACCUUUAUGAGAAAAGAAGAAGAUCGAUGGCCAAGGACGAACGGUGAGUUCAAAUUCCUAUUCGGCGAAUUUUCGGGGUUGUGGAAACCUACCUACUUUAGAUAUGUGGAGUCACUUGAUAUGUACAGUGACACGACAGUGUUGGUGGACAAGCUCUCUUGUUUUCAUCCCUUUCUGGAUGAAUUAAAGUGAUCAAUCAUGGUACUUGGUUUAAUUGCUUUAGUUGUUUUGGAAGUUUAGUACACUGUUUUGGCUGUCUGAGUAUCUGAGAACAAUUAUGAAUCGUUAGGUUGGGAGAACCAGAGGCACCAAUACUUGUUGUUGUCCACUUUGUGGAUAUUGCAUAGAAACCGGAUGGAAAGAGGUGUCAGGCUUAUUAUGACAUUGUAGAAGCUAAUGUGCUUUCAGAUGAUGACGAUCCAAAUGAAUCAAGGUAUCUCGGCCAGAACAGUAUCGCUGCCUUUCUAAGCGAGGAAGCGAGAGCUCCCGGAGAAGGUGAGAAAGAUGUCAUCAGGCAGGAUAUUAUGCCUAUUCUGGGGUUACAAAUCUCUACCGCCCCGUAUCCUUUUAUGUCUAAAGACCAUAUGGACAAAAUCCGGCUAGAUAUUGCUGCCGCCUUACCUUCUGACCGAGAUGUACUGAAGUAAGUUCGCAAAAUUUAACAGAUUCAGAUUAUUUUUGAACCUCUCUAUGCGUCAAUCGUCUACUAACAUAAGCCAAGAACCUUUCAGAUAUACAAACAAAUUGUACAGCCCUUUUGGGGCCUCCUCAUAGAUGUGGAUGAUUUCGAAUCAAAAUUAUGUAUAUAUCUUGAAGACCGAGGUGCAAAUUCCAAGCACCCUGCCAACGGCAGCAAAGGUGUUUCCUCUGCCUGGCUUGGGAUUCUAUUUGCUGUCCUCGCAGUAGCCACGAAUUACACAGACCUUUCCUACCAUAAGCGAGCAGCAUUGGCACAAAGUUUUGGUAGGCCUUCUCAGUCGGGCUCUAUGUAAUAUGCUGACAAAUGACGAUAGUUCAAACUUCAUUUCACUGCUUGAGGCUGUCAAACUUUUUGAUUCGGCCUUCAAUGGAAUCAUUGCAAGCACUUUUGAUUCUUGGAUUUGUCUUGGCCAAUGAUAUGAAAGCAGAGGCAUCAUGGGCUUUGAUAGGUUUGACUUGUAGACUUGCUCAAGCUCUUGGAUUACAUCGCGGGCCAAACGAGACCACACGCUUAACACAAUCGGCAAUUGAAGAUCUGCCAAGAAGAAAACUUUGGUAGAAAAUAUCGUCUCAAGCUGUCAAAUGUGGCUAACAUAUUUAAAGGUGGACUAUCGUUUGGCAAGAUAGUCUUCUAUCACUAUCUUUCGACCGAUCUCCCAUCGCAACAAUGACCCGAUGUCAGAUACCAUUGGGACCUGCCUCGGGGGGCGGAUGGUCGUACACAGAGGCAAUGUAUAAAUUGUGCUCGAAGGUUCUUGAGGGGGUAAAUAAUGAUAGUGCCAUACCCCCUAAUUUCGAUCAGAUUAUGGCCCACUCCCUCGACGUUGAAAACAUCCGCAAGCAGGUACAACCUGAGUUGGGUCAAAAAGAAUGUUGCAAAACCGUACAAGAUUGGUUACAAUAUUACGCAGUGCGACUACAUACCUCUUUUGUUGUUUCAGUGUUAUGUCGGCCAGCUCUUCGUCGUGGUGAGAUCAUCGGCAUGGACCUGUCCCAAAAGGCACUGCUUGCUGAGAAAUGCAAGCACAAUCUUACUGAGACAGUCCGUAUGUAUCUCAAGAUGCACUCUCUAAGUGUCAUUCCGACUCGUUCUUGGGCGUUCACCUACCAUGGCCUAUCGUCUGCGGUUCUUCUUGGGAUCCUGGGAGAAACAAAAACAGAUCCUGAAGUACGACAAUUACAAGGUGAUUUGAUAGCAGCUCUAUCAGCAACAGCUGCGAAAGACCAGGCUUCUGAGAAAGAUAUCGAGUUAAGCGGACCCUUAUCUCGUGCUUUGGCUGCACUCAAGAACAUCUACGAAUCGCGGCUGGGACGGGAAUCAAGUGGGCAGCAAACUCCAUCACAAUCUAUGGACCAGACGCAAUUUGAACAACAACAAAAUGCCGCAAUUGCUAUGGCGUCGAUGCAAAACAAUGGGCUUCCGUAGGUUCUUCGGGGUACGAAUGCUGAUGGACAACCGCACUAAUCUUUUUUAUAGGAUCGAUUACAAUCAACAAUUAAUGACUCCCAUGGGCGGUGAACCUUCCCCACAGAUCAUUGAUCAGACAUUGAAUAUGUCGCCCAUGGAUUUAUUCGAUUCCAUAUUCUGGGGUAGGUUUCCUUCAUGCUGUACUUUUGUAAAUCGACUGACGUAUUACAGAUCCCUAUCCUUAUGGUGGUAUGGACCAACUCGGGUUUGACUACAACCAACAGAUGUAUCCCCAGUUUUGAGCUGCGAUAUAGUACGAUAUAGUGUAUAGCAGGUUUAGAUAUAGUAUUAUAUUUAUCAUGUAUAAUUCAAU